AUGGCUGGGGAAGUUAUCAUCGGCGCUGUUGUUCAGGAAAUCUUGAACAGGGUAAUUUCCCUUGCUGCACAAGGGAUUCAUCUCACGAAGAAGUUAACAGCAGAGCUUGAAAACCUGGAAAGCACAUUGAAAAUGAUUCAAGACGUGAUAGAGGAUGCCCGGAGUCGUGAAGUAAAGGAGCAGGGGGCCAGAGAGUGGUUGAAGAAACUCAAGGAUGUAGCUUAUGAUGCGGAGGAUGUACUGGAUGAGUUUGCAACCGAAACUCAAUUACGCAAAAUGACGAAGAAGAAGAGAGAAAAGGUACGCAAGUUCUUUUCGUCCUCCAAUCUAAUUGUAGUUUACAGUAAGAUGGCCCAUAGAAUUAAAAGCAUCAAUGCAUCGUUUGACAAACUUCAAAAGCAAGCCAAUAUGAUCCAACUUGCACGCACAGUAGCUAACACCAGGGGCAGGGGGGCUGCAGACAGUAGUCAAAUAAUGCACCGAGUCACCCAUUCUAAAGUAAAUGAGCUAGAAGUCGUGGGAAGAGACGCUGACAAAGAGAAGAUAGUAAACAUUUUAAUUAACGACCAGAACGAGAAAGCUGCUAUUUCAGUGCUACCCAUAGUAAGAAUGGGUGGUCUUGGAAAGACCACCCUCGCUCAAUUGGCCUUCAAUGAUAAAUCGGUCAAGGCACAUUUUGAUAAACGCAUGUGGGUUUGUGUGACUGAAAACUUCAAUAUUCACAAGAUUUUAAAAGAAAUCCUGGAGAACCUUGGAGAAAGGGACGCCUUAACAAAUCUAGAUGUGAUGAUCCAUUGCCUUGAAGAACAGUUGGGUGGGAAGAAAUUCUUACUGGUGCUUGACGACGUGUGGAAUGAAGAAAAGAGUAAGUGGGAUAUCUUAAAAGAUUAUUUGUUAACAAUGCAAACGGCGAAGGGGAGCAAAAUUAUUGUGACUACGCGUAAAGAUGGGGUUGGGAAAAUAAUGGGCACGCUUCCUAUGCAUCAUUUAGAAUUAUUAUCGGAAAAAGAUUCCUGGUCCAUAUUCAAAAACAGAGCGUUUGCAGCAGGAGGAGCACCAGAGACACCAAGAUUGGUUGAAAUAGGAAAGGAAAUAGUAAAGAAAUGUGAUGGCUUACCUUUAGCCGCAAAGGCUCUUGGAGGGUUGAUGUACUCAAAGAAAGAAGAAGAGGAGUGGGUGUGUGUCCAAAACAGUGAAAUCUGGGAUUUACCUGAAUCUGAAUCAUAUGGAAUCUUACCUGCUUUAAGGCUGAGCUAUGAUCAUUUGCCACCACAUUUAAAACAAUGCUUCACAUAUUGUUCCCUGUAUCCUAAGGGUCAAACGAUGGACAAAGAACGGCUUAUUCAAGAAUGGAUGGCACAUGGAUUCAUCCAGCAGCAAGUUCAAGGGUCGACCUCUGUCUCUGGAGAAGAAAUGGAGGAUAUCGGAAAUGACUAUUUCAAUAACUUGUUGUGGAACUCUUUCUUUCAAGAUGUAGAGAUGAACAGGGUUGCUGGAGACAUAGAAACGGUGAAGAUGCAUGAUCUUGUGUAUGAUCUUGCACAACAUGUUUCCAAGGCUGAAUGCGUAAUAUCUACGGAGAAAGAUGAGGAUUUAGAUAGAGUCCAAGGCCGCAGCACUCCUAUUACUUGGGAUCUUGAUGUUCGACAUAUGUCAGUGCAUCAUCAAAUGUUAAAAAGAAUAUUAUUGGAGGCCGCCUCAUCAUCAUCAUCAUCAUCACCAUCGCCAACAUAUGAUCAGUUGCACAAAUUGCGCACAUGCCUUGUGUUUUUCAUUGCUGGAUAUCUUGACGAUGUUAAUGACUUCCUUGAAGACUUUUGUCGCAUUGAGACAGUAUUUUUCAAGUGCAAGUGCUUACGUGUGUUAGAUUUGUCAGGCAUCUGGCUUAGGCCUCAUUUCCCAGCGUCAAUCAGCAAUUUUAAAUUACUAAGGUUCUUGGACCUUUCAGAGAGCGAAAUUGAAACAUUACCCGAGUCUAUUACCAGUCUCUGUAAUCUGCAGACACUAAGGCUCAAAAAUUGCAGGAGGCUUAAAGAGCUUCCUAAAGAAAUGAGAAAGCUUAUUAACUUGAGGCAUCUUGAUUUAUUAAAUUGUAUUAACUUGCAACAAAUGCCAGUCGAGAUGGGGAGAUUACGCUGCCUUCAAACGUUAAGUAGGUUUGUAGUGGGUCAGGGAGCUGGACAUGGCAUUACAGAGUUACAACACCUAAUAAACCUAAGAGGUUGCUUAACAAUUGCCAAUCUCGAGAAUGUGAGCAGUGUAAGAGAAGGCAAGGAGGCGAAUAUAAAGGACAAGCAAAAUAUCCAAAUAUUGGAUUUGGUAUGGAGUAGCUGGUAUAUUAAUUUGGAUACCAACACCAUCGAUGAUGAUGAUAAUGAUGAUCAUGAUGUACUACUGGAAGGGCUGCAGCCGCACCCAAAUUUGAAGGGGUUGAGAAUUGCUAACUUUAAGGGCACUAAAUUUCCUUUGUGGAUUGUAGAGAUCCAUUCCUUCCUCCCCAAUUUGGUCCAAAUCUAUCUAAUAAGAUGCAGGAGAUUGGAAAAUGUUCCCAUGCUUGGCUAUCUACCAUUGCUUAUAAGUCUUCACAUAGAGGGAAUGGAUUUCAAGUGUAUCCAGUUUUAUGGAGUAGUCAACAACAGUAAUUGUAGCAAUGCAGUUGUAGGCCGUGGUGGUGGUGAUCAUGAAGCAACAACGGUAACAUUGUUUCCAUCGUUGGAACGCUUGUGGCUGAAAGACAUGCCUAAUUUAGUAGAGUGGAAGGAAGCUUCACCAUCUUGCUCUUCUAAUUCCAUUUUCCCUUGCCUCGAGCAUUUCAUCAUCCAGAAUUGCCCUAAGUUGACAGUGACACCAAAUUGUCUGCUCCCUUCUCUCAAGGGAUUGGUGAUUGAAUCAAGCAAUGCCUUAUUGCUAAAACAAGGAGGAUCCUUUGUAGCCAAUCUCAUGUCUCUUGUUUCCCUUGGUAUAAUCAAGUGUGAUGAGCUUAAGGUUCUACCGGAAUGGCUAUUACAAAACAACAAAAAUACCCUCCGCGAGUUGCAAAUUACCCACUGUCCCAAGCUUGAACCUCUUCCCAUGGAAAGACUACAAGUCCUCUUCACAUCUCUCCAAUGGUUGAACAUAACCGAUUGCCCGUUGAUGCCAGAUGUUUCAUGCUUGGAUGACUUUCAGAAAUUAUUAGGACCAGAAAGAAAAUAA